AGUGGCCAGGGCAUGGCUAUCUUAGCGAGUCGACUGCCAGUAACCGGUGGUCGGUGUCCGAUCAACCUCUUUUUGUUUGUUCAGUAUUUGCAAGCGUCUGCUCUGUUCUGACUGUUGUCCGUGGCGCUGGCCUCGAAAUUCAUUGCUGAGGCGUUGCGACACUGUUGCUGACAGUGUAAUCCCAGUCGACCUCUACGUCUUACCGGUUAACGGAACGGCAUCCGUGGGUCCAUGCGAGCGGAAGAAGACGAGUCGAGACUCAAGUCAACUCACACCACAUUUACUCAACACUUCUUGAGCGUCUCGUUGCUGCUGAAAGAAGAGACAUCAACCCACUUCUUCGAUCGAUUAGUGGAGAAUAACCUUGCCGUCACUGUUACAUCUCGAAACUGCGCAUUCAGAACAGAAAGACGGUCAACAAAAACGGUCAAACCCCGUAGGCUGCUUAGGAAUAUAUAAGGCAAAAGGCAGAACGAAGAGCACAACAGUGGUAUAAGUGGCCAGAAUGGGCGACGCAGGACCCCCAACGCCGCCGCCGGUGCUGGCGCAAGGUCACUCUGCGUUGAAUACAGUUGAAGCACAAGAUGCGCCGCCCUUGAGGGAGGUAAAAGUCCUUGUUACUGGCUUUGGGCCCUUCAAGUCAUUCCUAAUCAACCCCUCCUGGCUUAUUGCGUCAGCAUUACCCGACGAACUUCCACCCCCAACCUCUUUUUCAGCGUCAUAUCCUUCAAAAGCGGCAUAUAAGGUCCGUCUGAUCCUACACCCCUCUGCCAUCCGCGUCUCCUACAGCACCGUCUCCGAGAUCGUGCCCGAGCUCGUACGUCUCCACGAUCCGGAUUUUAUCAUGCACAUCGGCAUGGCGGGUGGUCGCGAUUGUUACAGCUUGGAAACCCGCGCACAUCGCGACGGAUACAGGAUAAAAGAUGUGGACAAUUGCGACGGGUAUCUCUGUGGCGAGUGCAGAUGGAAGAGAGAGGGAGUGCCGGAUGUACUGUACACAGGGUGGGACGAGGGGGAUGUCCUGCGUAGAUGGGAGCAAGGGGUCGAGGAGAGUCUGCGAAGAAAGGGGUUUCUCGGCCCGGCUACGACGGCGGUCAGCAACGACGCAGGCGAGAAAAAAGAAGAUGGGGCGGAGCAAGCGACCGGGACAGGGACGGGGUUUGUAUGGGGUCGGCAUGUCGACCCCAAUGCCAACGCGAGCGUGACGGAACGAAGAGCCGAAGAGAACAGGAAGAAGGCGGCUGUGAAACUGUCGAGGGAUGCGGGGCGGUUUCUGUGUGAGUAUGCACUUUACGAGAGCUUGAGUCGCCGGUGGGUCGAGGCACAGAAGGUGGUGGAGGAGGGUCAACGGCAACGGCAAGACUUGAACCGAAGUGUACAUCCUUGGCCGCAGGCAACUCUUGCCAGCGAGAGAUUGGGGAAGGUCGCGUUCCUGCAUGUCCCUGGAUGGACUGGCGUCGAGGAUAUCAAUCGUGGUGUCAUGAUUGCUGAGGAGGCGAUUCGGGCGCUGGUGAGUAGUUGGGAGGAUGGGUUUAGAAGGGAUGGGAACGAGAGUGGGAGUGGGAUGGUAGGGAAAGUCGGAUUCACGGAUCAGACUUCGGAAGGCAAAGGUGGUCAGUAGUCUUUACAGACGAAGGCAAAGCAGUUUCAGCAUGGAUUGAGUAUAUUCUCGUGUCGCUCAAGUUGGGAAUGAUGGGAAAUCUGCCCAAGACGCAAUGCCAUGCGAUGCAUGAUAUGGGAUUAGCCGAUGUGAACACCGUGCUUCAGGCCUCUCCUGCCUCAAGUUUGAUAAUAAGCCAGUAGCUGGUCGUAUCGAGCUGAUUUGCUGUUGUGCGCGGAUGAGAAAAUAUGUCCCUUUCUGGGUCUAGAUACGAGAGAAAGUCAC